AUGCUGCGGCUCUUCGGAAUCUUUUUCGCAUUCAUUGGACCAAUUAGUACUGCCUUACAGAGAAGCCCAGGUUAUCAAAUCAGUCCGAAACCAUGCUGGGUGGAUGGUAUGGAAGGCACGUGCAUGUUUGUCUACGAAUGCAUCAAAUCCGAAGGAUUCCACAUAGGGAUGUGCGUGGACUCCUUCAUGUUCGGCUCGUGUUGCGCCCACAACGCCACCCAAAACUCAAUACUUCCGAUUUCCAAUCGGCCAUCCGUGCUUUACACACCACCUAGUCAGGCCACGAAAAGGCCAACCACUAGUCGACCCAAACAAACCAGUCGACCUCACGGCGGUAAUUCGCGACCCCCUUCCUCUUCGUUCGGCGUCGCGACGUCGUUGAAUGUGCGAACGACGUCGACGUCGCCGCCACCACCGCCCUCUCGCUUCAGUUUGAGGCCAAUGAGCACCGACGGAAAACCCUCGAGCUGGCAUCUGGCGACGAGCACGGAAUCCUUCAGCCAGAACUCUAUUAGCCACAGCUCGAAGCCCACACAUCACCACCAAUGGCAGGUCACCACAGAACCGGGGUUCGUCACCAAAGUCAGGACAAAACCCCAACAGAAACCUACAAGCCACAAACCCACAAGCUUCAAACCUAAACCCACCAAGAAACCCACCUCUACCACCCAGAAGAUCACGAAAACUACAACUACAACCACUACCCCCAGGCCAACGACGAUGAGUACAAUGACGACGAGAAGAAGAACGACUACUGCAAGAACGCCGAGCACGACGGCUGUACCGGAAGUUCAAAAGGUGUCAUCGACGCCGGAAGUGCAGGCAACGUCGACGCUGAGCGCCGUUUCGGCAUCGAGCGCCAAUAGCAUCGGAUGUGGCCAGCCGCCCUUGUUCCCACAGCCGCAAACCAGGAUUGUGGGAGGCAAAAAUGCUCCCUUCGGACGAUGGCCCUGGCAGGUUUCUGUGCGAAGGACGUCUUUCUUUGGAUUCUCCAGCACCCAUCGCUGCGGCGGCGCCAUUCUCAACGAAAAUUGGAUUGCCACCGCCGGCCAUUGUGUCGAUGAUUUACUGACAUCCCAGAUCCGGAUUAGGGUAGGAGAAUACGACUUCUCCAGCGUUCAAGAAGAGCUUCCUUACGUAGAAAGAGCUGUCAAGAAAAAAAUAGUCCAUCCUCUUUACAACUUCUUUACCUACGAGUAUGAUCUGGCCUUGGUCCAACUGGAUAAAUCCUUGGAUUUUGCGCCUCACAUCUCACCGAUCUGCCUUCCUGCAACUGAUGAUCUGCUCAUCGGAGAGAAUGCGACUGUUACCGGUUGGGGAAGACUCAGCGAAGGCGGAACCCUUCCAUCGGUUUUGCAAGAGGUGCAAGUGCCGAUUGUAAGUAACGACCGAUGUAAGAGCAUGUUCCUGAGGGCGGGAAGGCACGAGUUCAUUCCUGACAUCUUCCUGUGCGCCGGACACGAGAACGGCGGACAAGAUUCAUGCCAGGGCGAUUCAGGUGGGCCUCUGCAGGUGCGCGGCAAGGACGGCCGCUACUUCCUCGCAGGUAUCAUAUCCUGGGGCAUCGGAUGCGCCGAAGCCAACCUUCCCGGCGUCUGCACGCGCAUUUCCAAGUUCGUCCCAUGGAUCCUCAACAACGUGACGUAAUCCAAGAUAAGGACAAUCAUCUACCAACAUGGACUACUGUCUAGAAUGUAUGCUGUUUCGUAUGGUCGAUGAAGUAUGUAUGUCGUGAGUGAAGGAGUGUGUGUGCGUGAUUCCACAAGUGAUAACUUAUCAAAUUUUGCCAGAGAGUAAUGUUUUACACAUUACUGCAGAUUUCGG